AGACCAAUAAGAAUCAAGAAGGCGGACCUAAAGAUUUGCAUAUAAAACGAGACUCUAGAAAAUGUAUGCAUCACAACUCAUCACAAGACUGAAGUGACUGAAGCAAAGCAAAAAGCUGUAUUCUCCAGUCAUCAUGGACAAACCAGUAUGCUUGAUUGGCACGGAGUCAGAUGGGAAGCUGUGUGUGCAGCAGUCAGCUCUACAGAUCCUGCAGCAGAUCCAGCAGCCAGUGGUGGUGGUGGCCAUGGUGGGUCUCUACCGCACCGGGAAGUCCUUCCUGAUGAAUCGCCUCGCAGGAAAACAAACAGGGUUUGCAUUGGGCAGCACCAUUGAGUCCAAGACGAAGGGCAUCUGGAUGUGGUGUGUGGAUCACCCCACUAAAGCAGGAACCACUCUGGUGCUGCUGGACACUGAGGGACUCGGAGAUGUGGACAAGGGAGACUCAAAGCAUGACACCAACAUCUUCUGUCUGGCUGUGUUACUGAGCAGCACUCUGGUCUACAACAGUCGAGGGACGAUUGACAACAGGGCUGUAGAGGAGCUGCAAUACGUCACUGAACUAACAGAGUGCAUUAAGGUCAAAUCAUCAGAUGAGGAUGCUGACGAUUCAAGCGAGUUUGUGAAGUUCUUCCCUAGUUUCAUCUGGACUGUGAGGGACUUCACUCUUGAGCGAAAGAUUGAUGGCAAAGAUGCAACAGAUGAUGAGUACCUAGAGUUUGCUCUGAAGCUGAAACCUGGCAAAUCAAAAAAAGUGAUGGAAUACAACUUGCCCAGGGAGUGCAUCCAAACAUUCUUCCCUUCCAGAACGUGCUUCACUUUCUCGUUUCCAACCGCCCCAGAGAAUGUGUCUCGUUUGGAGAGCUUGGAUCCUGCUGACCUUUCCUCUGACUUCCUGGAGGUCACAGAUCGUUUCUGCAAGUUAGUCUUUCACGAGAGCCAUGUGAAGAAGCUGAAAGAUGGAAUCACAGUCACUGGCAGAGUUCUGGGUAACUUGGCGAAAACAUACGUGGACACCAUCUCCAGUGGGGCUGUGCCGUGUCUGGAGAAUGCUGUGAUUGCUAUGGCAAUGAUUGAGAAUGAGUCUGCAGUGAAGGAGGGGCUUGAUGUUUACCAGAGUGGAAUGGAGAAGCUGAAGGACUCCUUCCCUCUGGAACUGAAGGAUGUGUCCUCAGAACACCAACAUCUCAGCAGCAUGGCGACACAAACCUUCAUGAAGAGUUCCUUCAGGGACACUGAUGGGAAGUACCUGAUAUCUCUAGAGGAAAACAUUAAUAAACUCUUUGAUGGAUACCUGUGCCAAAACGAGCAAGCUUCAAAGAGACAAUGUGAGGAUCUCUUGUCAUCCCUCUCUGCACCAAUGAUGGAAAAUCUCAAGAAGAGUUUCUAUACCAGACCUGGUGGCUAUGAUCUCUUCUGCAAGGAUCUGGAGGACAUUGUGAAGAAUUAUAACAGCCAGGCCAAUAAAGAAGUCAAGGCUGAAGAGGUCCUAGAGGAGUUUCUGAAGCAGAAGUCUGUGGAUUCAGAAGCUAUUCUGCAGGCUGACAAUCAACUGACUAAGAAAGAAAAAAAGAUUAAGAAGGAAACCGAGAAAGCAUCCCUCCUGCAGCAGGAAAUCAAAGCUAAAGAAGAGAAGCAGCGACAACUCGAAGAGAAAAUGGAAGCAGAGAAAAAGAGUAAUGAAGAGAGGAUGAGACAGAUGAAGGAGAAGAUGGAUUUGGAGCUGAGGCUCCAGAGAGAGGAGGCUGAGCAUGCCAUGGACAGUAAACUGAGGGAGCAGGCUGCUCUGUUGGAGAAGGGCUUUAAGGAUAAGGCAGACAUGAUGACCCAGGAGUUGGAAGAGUUCAAGAGACAGAAUGCUGAAGACGAGAGUAAUAGAGCUAAAGAGUUUACAGAGAUGUUAGAGAACUUCAACAAGAGACAUGAGGAGUCUAUGGCUAUGAUGAUGCAGCAACACAAAGAACAGAUGCAGGCCAUUCAGAAGAGACCAACAGGAUGUUGUAUCAUGUGAAAUGUAUUAAUUCCGUAAUCAUAAUAUAAUUAGAGUACAUUAUAUAUAUAUAUAUAUAUAUAUAUAUAUAUAUAUAUAUAUAUAUAUAGUGCUACAAUAAAACAAUAAUUGAUUUCAUUCUAUUUACACUUAAACUUUAGAAAGAGCCUUGAUAUGAUGAAAUAGAACAUUUCAAUUUCACUUCACAAGCAUGAUUUGUGUCUAGUGCAAAUGACCUAUAAUCUAUCAUAAUUAUGUUUAAGAGUGUUAAUUAAUUAUAAACAGAGACAAAUAAGGUUAAUUAGUGAUUCUACUCUUUCUCUAGUAUUGCACUACAUAAAAGUGUACAUAAAUAGAUUGUAUUCGAAAAAAAUUCAUGUGUGUGUAUGUAUGUGUUUUUUGUGUCAGACAAGUAAUUGAGACAAAUGAGAUUGUAACAAACCACGGGAAGGCAUAAAAUCAUAACGUGUUUAACACUCAAUUUAAGAGAAAAAAAAAGGAAAUUGGGAAAAAAGAAAAAAUUAUCAGAGUUGCAUAAUUCCAAUAAAUGUUUCAUGUGUUUUCAAACAUUCAACAUUAUUAGAACCCAUAGACUUACACAACUUCAAUGGAUCUUUCAUACUUUAUCAAGUACACUUUAUAUUCACUUACAGUCUCAGACAAAUCAGUUUAAUUUCAUUUUUAAGUUGCAAACAAUUGAACAGAAAAUAAGUAAUGUAACCUUGCUCACUGAA